CACAUAAAACACAAUCUACUUUGUGCAAAUCCACAAAUACUGGUACAGGAUAAAAUUCUAACUGCUAAAGUAUUACUCAUAUAUUACCCAUGAAAGGUUAGCAAUAAUAAAUUACCCAGAAACAGGCUCUGUCUAAAAAGUAAAAAGUGUGUAUAAUGCCUACAUAUUGUUUUGUAACAGGACGUAUUUAGAGCCUUUAUUUUCAGUAAAUAUGGUAAUAUCACAAAGCCAAAAUACUACUAAUAAUAAUAAAUGUAAACAAGUAAAUGUUCUACUAUGUAACAGCUAAUUUUACUUUUAUGGCUACAAAUAGUGGUACAGAAUAUAAUUUUAACUGCACAAGUAGUACUAAAUGGUUACCCAAAAUAUUACCCAUAAUAAGCUAGCAAUAAUAAAUUACCCAGAAACAGGCUCUGUGUACAAUGUCCACAUAUUGUUUUGUAACAGGACAUAUUUAGAGUCUUUACUUUCAGUAAAUAUGGUAAUAUCACAAAGCCAAAAUAUUCAGUUAUAAGUAAAGAUGCUGCAUUAAAAGUAAAUGUAAAAGAACAGGAGUAUUAUCAGCAAAACGUACAUAAUGUACAAUGUAUAGUAAAAUAAAUGAAAGGUAAUCAAUACACAGAAUAAAUGUAGCAGCUGAUUUUACUUUUAUGGCUACUUUAACAUGUUGAAAGGUUAAUUAUGUCAUAGAUGUAUCAGUAUUAUAUAUUAAGCUUCAAAAGAGAAUAUUGGUGGUGGCUCUUUCUUUUCCUGCUGGCCCGCAGAGCCUCUAUUGAUUUCUCACUGUGCCAGCAGCUCUUAAAGAAAAGCUUGUUGCAUGAUAGUUUAGACAUUACAUCCCUAAUGCCAAGAUCAUCUCUGAUCAUUUCAUUGAUUCAGAGAGGAAUCAAUUACAGAUGCUGCAGAGCCUCCAGCUGUCAGUACCCUCAGACCAGAUCAACCACAACACAUGUUAUGAUUUUAGAAAACUGUUCAUGUCAUUCCAGGAAAUGCGGGGCUUAUGGUUUUGGUGUUUUCAUGGGAUUUGUUGACAAUUAUAAAAAUACAUACCAUCAUCAGCCUUAUCCUUUACUGCAAUAGAGCAGUGGAUUUAGCUGGGUAUACAACCUGGGCAUGUAAUUAAUGGGGUUGAAGCAUUUUUAUAUACAGUAUUAUAUAUGCAUCACUUCACAGUAGUGUUUUAAAAGUGGUUUUACAGUUUAUACUUAAUUAAAAGCGUUUCCAUGGGGACCUGGCAGACUGUGUGACAUCAGCAGUUGAGCUCUAGAACAGUUAGACUGUGACACAACAACCAGCAUUCUACAUCAAAACCUGCAAACUCUUCACCCUGAGCUCACUCUGUUCAUUUGUGCCAGGAAGAGCAACCAAGUUGUAUUCUCAGCCCUAUCGUCAAACUUAUCUUUGUGAAAUUUUAGUUGCUGCUUUGAAAGUUUUGUUUGUUCUGUUUGUUCUGUAUUGUGAUAUACAGAAACUAAAUAUGGAGUUUCUUGAAGGAAGCAGAGGAAUCUACAGACCCAUCAGGGUGUUGUUUGAUACAACCAUCUAUGAUCGCGCUCUGCAGCUCUGCUGGCAUAUAAAGAGCUACAAGUCUCAGAUUGCUUUGUUGAUGGAACUCCUAAAGCUUCAGCAGAAAAACCAGAUCCCAUCUCAGGUGACUGCUGAAGACAUGAUUGAUCUCAUUCUGGAGAGGAGCAGAAAUACGCUGAGAGAACGUCUUUGGGCGUUUGAGCUGGAGGAUUUCGAUGAGGACGAAGCCAGGCCUCUUCUGAUGCUGGUGUGGGCAAUGAACGUCAGCAAUAAAAUGAGGGAUGUUGAGUUUGAGGCCAAAAUGCUCCUCAAGUCCCCAGAGGCCAUACCCCCUAAUUUUCAACAUCCUAAGGUCCUCAGUAUGGCAAAAGACUAUGCCAAGAUCCUGAGACAGAGACAGCAGGAGGCAUCCAGCUCUAAAGUGCUCUCUCCACAGGAGGUGGUGAUGGAGGUGGUUCCCAGAGUCCUGCAGGGCUUCUGGGUGCUUCCCCCUCACGCCCUCUUAAACAUGCCUUCCCAGCUGCUCAGCAAACUGUCUGUUGGGGUUGCAAAGGCCACUUUGGACCGUGUCUCCAGUGCUCUCACCACUAUGGGACAUCAGGCCAACUUCUCCCGCUCCAUGAGGGAUGACAUGGUCCUGUCUAUCCUAACAGAGAUCAGGCAGAUGUACCCACACGAUAUCCUGGUGAACAGGAUCAAGAACUUUGCACCAGUGCUCCUGAGUAAAAUCGCUGAUGUCGCCACAGAACAGAUUUGUGAGAUGUUUCGGCCCCAGAGCCCCAAAGUGCCGGCUCAUCUGACACCUGCGGCUGAAUCUCCAGCCACCACUUCUGAGGAGCAGCAAACACCCAGUCCAGAUAUAAUCUCUGCUGUGGUUGAAACUCUACUGUCAUACCCUGCUGAACCUGCAACCAAGGUUCACGCCAGAGAGGAUGGUAGUGGAGAACCCAGCCUGGACAAAGACCCCAAAUCCUCAAUUGAACUAGACACUGCUGCAGUUAAAACUCUACUGUCAAACCCUGCUGAACCUACUACCAAGGUUCACGCCAGAGAGGAUAGCAGUGGAGAACCCAGCCUGGAAAAGGACGUCAAAUUCUCUAAAACACCAGACUCUGCUGUGAUCACAGCCCCUGCUGAACCUGCAUCCAAGGUUCAGAGCAGGGAGGAUGUCAUUGAAGAACACAGCCAGGUGAAAGACCCCAAACCCUCAACUGAACCAGACACUGCUGUGGUUAAAAAACUACUGGCACAACCUGUUGAACCUGCAUUCAAGGUUCAGGCCAGAGAGGAGAGCAGGGGAGAACCCAGCUGGGUGGAGGACCCCAACCCCUUUAUUGAACCAGACAUUGCUGUUGUUCGAGUUGCACCAGUUCCUCUUGAACAUGUGGUGAUCGCAACAGGCGACUCAGAGGUCACGUCUACGAACAACAGAGAGACAAGCUUCCUCGACUUCCUUCAACCACUGUGGUGUUGUUUUCUAUUCACAGACAAAAAAACUGAUUAACUGUUGUGAUGUAUUAAAUGUGUUGUAUUUAAUAAAUAAAUUCAAAUUAUAACAUAAAAUUAUUGUGG